AUGUCAAGCAGGGGUGUAUGGAGCUGGCUCGGAAACUUUAUGUGGGUAGUCUUCGGGGGUUUGCAGUCUGCGAUCGUCUGGUUGAUCGCUGGACUUCUGUGCUGUAUCACUAUUGUGGGUAUCCCAUGUGCGCACCAGUGCUUCAAGCUCUCGGGUCUGAGCCUAUUUCCCUUCGGACAAUCGAUUGUGUAUGAACCUGCUGAGCCUUGCACGUUCUUGGGAAACGUCAUCUGGUUGCCGAUGGGCAUUCUGAUAGCCCUCGUGCAUGUGUUCUGGGCGUUCUUGUACACGUGCACCAUCAUCGGGAUUCCAUUCGCUGUGCAGCACAUUAAGCUAGCACAACUUGCAUUGUGGCCGUUUGGAGCAGAGAUUACUCCGCUUGUCUUCCAUGCCAGGCAAGGAUGA